AUGUCUUUCUUCAGUCGACUAUUUAAAUUUCGAAUAUUCAAAUUUCGUACGACUCUUGCCGAAGAACUUGAAGAUCUUCAUUCAGAGUCACUCCAUUUACAGCACAGUUUAACUGAAAUACGUCUGCUUCAACGAAAAUGGACGAAAUUAUUUGCUAUCUAUGCUGUUAUUGCGUAUUUAAUUGUGAACAUUGUUUAUUUUACUCUUUUUCUUUCACAUGAUUAUAUUGUUCGUACUUAUGCAGUUCUGUUUUCUUUAACACUUGGAGCUUUACUUUAUGGAAUACAUUGGCUUAUCUGUUGGUAUUUUCGAACUACUAUUCAAAUGAAAGAAGAUCGAUUAGCAUUGUUCAAAGAUCGAAAACAAGAAUUGAUUGAAGAAGUAAAAAAUAAGGAAACAUAUGCAGUAGCUAAAAAUAUAUUAGAAAAAUAUGGUGAAACAGUAACAUCAGACGUUCGACCAACACAAGUGGAAAAUAAUGAUAGAAAUCUACGUCAACGUGUAUCAAUCAAACCAACACCACCCGGUUCCAAUAAAUCUUCUACUCCUGUUCCAUCACCUAAUAUUGGUACAUUAGAAACGUUUAAUCCACAAGCAUCAGCAACUAAUGGGCCAAAUCGUCCAACUUUUAAUGCUACACCUGGUAGAUUACCACGAGCAGUUUUACCACCACAACGAACAUUCUUGGGAACAAUUCUGGAUGCUAUUGUAGGUGAUGGUCCAUCAAAACGCUAUGCAUUAAUCUGUAAAUCUUGUAAUAGUCAUAAUGGGAUGGCAUUAGAAGAAGAAUUUGAAUAUAUAUCUUUUCGUUGUGCAUAUUGUAAUUAUUUUAAUAGUGCACGUAAACAAAAGCCUGUCUUUCAAGGUAAUAUUGUUGCACAUGAUCCUCAAAUAAUAACAAGUCAAUCACAAAAUGAAUCUAAUAUUGAACAUAGAGAAUCAUCUAAUUCUAAUGAAGAUAAUAUAUCAAAUAAUACAGAUUCGAAUGUUAUACGUCGAUCAAUUAAUAUCCCAGCUUCAGAAGAAACUAAUGAAUCUCAAUUUCGUUCUACAUUAGUUGAAAAACAACGAGAAAAUAAUCUCACAUCAUCAUCAUCCGAAGAAAAUUGA